CCUCUCCCGGCUGCCAUCGGAUCGGGGAUGAUAUGUGAUCUCCUGGAUACAACCACGUCCACGCGAGUGCCGGGCACCGCCGCUCAGCCGAGCAAAAUGUCCUUCUCCUAGACGUGGGGCUCAUCACAGCUUGCAAAUCCUUGACGAUGUUGCCAUGCUUUCCUCUCUGCCUUCUCUUUCCUCCUGCCUUUAUCUGCCUGCUCUUCCUGCCCACGGGCCAUUUCUGCCCUGCUGUCUGUAGCUGUAUGGACUACCACACUAUAGAUUGCCGGGAUCAAGGACUCCCCAGUGUUCCUAAUCCAUUUCCACUGGAUGUGCGGAAACUUCUUAUAGCUGAUAACAACAUUCAGGCAAUACCAGCUGAUUUCUUUAUAUUCUAUGGAGAUCUGGUCUAUUUGGACUUCAGGAAUAACUCCCUCACCUCCUUAGAAGAGGGCACUUUUAGCAGUUCUACCAAACUGGUGUAUUUAGACUUAAGCUACAAUAAUCUAACACAGCUUGACGCUGGGAUAUUCAAAUCAGCAGAAAAACUGAUCAAACUGAGCCUUGGGAACAAUAACCUGGCGGACGUGGAUGAGGCUGCUUUUGAGAACCUGGAACAGCUCCAAGUGCUGGAAUUGAAUGACAAUAACUUACAAAGCCUGAACGUGGCUGCCCUGGAAGCGCUGCCCUCCCUGCGGACGAUACGCUUAGAGGGCAACCCCUGGGUCUGUGACUGUGACUUUGCCAAUCUCUUCAGCUGGAUACAGGAGAACGCGUCCAAGCUCCAGAAAGGUCUCCAUGAAAUCCAGUGUUCCCUGCCUGUGGAAAAUAGAAGAAUCUUUCUGAAUGAAUUAUCUGAGGUCAGCUUUAGUGAAUGCAAAUUUAGUUUGUCAUUGACGGACCUUUUUAUCAUCAUCUUCUCUGGAGUCGCAGUCUCCAUUGCUGCUAUUCUAUCAAGCUUCUUCCUAGCAACUCUAGUACACUGCUUCCAAAGAUGUGCUCCCAGUAAAGAUGACGAUGAUGAUGAAGAUGACAGCGAGGACUGAACUUAGUCUAAACAUUUAAGCUCUGUUUGRUUUAUAAGUGACUAGAUGAAUAGCCAAAUUUUAGGAAGAAAAGAGAGUAAAAGCUUUAAAUGUGAAUUAAAUGAAAUCAACAUAUAAGUUCGAAUCUAAGCUCAGGAAGGUCGUAGGUAGCAAAUACAUUUUGCAUCUGAGACUUUUAUAGUUCUGCUUACCUGUAACCUGGUGCAAUGAGAUGGAUUGAUUGCUGUAAUGCUUAAUCAAAUACUUCAUUAAACUUGGGUUUGGAGAAAAAAGGGGAAAUGUCAAAAAUUAGUUCCAGUGUUUUGCAAGAAUGAUAGUUUCCAGGUUGUCUUCUGAUCAGUUGCAGAUUCUCAUAAAUGCUCAACAGAUGAUUGCAAAUGCACUUUGAAAAGUGCUGACUAUAUACGGCUGUUUCAGAUGGAAAUAUGAAAAUAAUUUUAAAUAGUCUCCUAGGGAAAAAUAGUAUUCUAGUAAAUUCUAGUCAACUCAGUCAACUCUCAGAAUAACAGUUAUGUUAAAAUGAUUUCUAGAAUUGUAGAAAGCGUUUUAGGAAGAUUGGCAUUUUCUCGCUACAAAUGUUUUCUGCACRCAUUCAUCCUCAAUUUAAAGAUAAUUACAGGCAUCAUUCAGACAAAAAAAAAAGUAGUUUCUAUAAAUGAACACUGCUCUAGAUCUGAUUCAUCAACUGCAGGACUGCAGCUGCCUGAUGCCUCUUCCAUGGUCACGGCACAAGUGCUAACUAUAAYGUUCUUUUGCAUUUUAAAUGCAACGUAGUAAAGGAAAUCCUUUCUGUGGUAUUCUUGGGCAUAAGUAUCUAUUGCAAAAUCCAGUCCAUUUAGUCAUUUUAAAACACUAAGGGCUAUAUUCUGUUCCUGGUUAUACCAGAGUAAUGAACCUGAGAUGRAUGCCAUGCUCCAGAUUGUCAACUGUAUAAACAAGAGUGGAAUCUGGCCCUAAGAUAUUCUGACUGUAUUAUAGAUUUGUCAACACUUGAGCUCUUCUAUAUAAUGGUAGUUAUUUUGUUAAAAUGAAAAAGACAUUUACUACAAGAGAUUUUUGGAAUAGUGCUGGAAAGCUUUUUAGGAUAAGUAUAUUUUUAAAACAUUUGUAAUGGAAAUAUUUUUUUAAACUGCUGAGUAUUUAAAAUAUUAUCUAAAAUAGCCACGAGGGCUUAAAGUAAUAUAUCAUGUACUAAUGAACAAUCCAAGGACUAUAAGCUAUUAUAGUGAAAUUAGAUCUGAUAAAAAGUGGCGUUUAUUAUCUACUGUCAAUGCUAUUAUUUCUUUAAAAAUACUCUUUGGUUAUAACGUUGCCUUUCCCAGUUAAUAUGAAUGAGUUUUUGUGGAUAAUCAGUUCCAAAUCUCUUGUGUCUAUACCGAAUGGUAAUUGUUCAGGCAGCCGGGCAUGGAUUACUUUGUGCAGUAAGGGGUAUACGGUGCCAUGCAUAGGGUACGAGAUUAGGAUCAGAACAUGUGGGUUUUGUCCCUCUCUAACAGUGAACAACUAGAUGACCUCCAGCAAACCACUUUGUCCGUGCCUCAGUUUCCCUACCUAUAAAAGGAAGAUCAUAAUGACACUUUAAGUGCUUUGAGAUAUGCAGCAGGGAGUGCGCUAUAGUGGUCUAUGUGCAAUUAUAUACSUUAGGCUGCAGCAGAAGAUAAACAGUGGGCCUAAUUCUAGUCUUACAUCAGUCUUAUCGGCAUCAUGCUGAGGUCAAARGCAGGACCAGAGUACAUACUUCGGUGGUAGCUGUACAGUUUAUUCAACUUGACUCGAUAUUGC